AGAAGUAUAUUAGUGUGAAUUUCCCUCUGUUCGUCCUACCUUUUCUCUUCUAUCAACCCCACAAGCCUUUGGCACAAUGAAGUGGGUAACUUUUAUUUCCCUCUUCUUUCUCUUUAGCUCUGCUUAUUCCAGGGGCUUGAUUCGUCGAGAAGCACAUAAGAGUGAGAUUGCUCAUCGGUACAAUGAUUUGGGAGAAGAACAUUUCAGAGGCCUGGUGCUGGUUGCCUUUUCUCAGUAUCUCCAGCAGUGUCCAUUUGAGGAUCAUGUGAAACUAGCCAAGGAAGUGACUGAGUUUGCAAAAUCCUGUGCUGCUGAAGAGUCAGGGGCCAACUGUGACAAAUCCCUUCACACCCUGUUCGGGGACAAGCUGUGCACGGUGGCCUCCCUCCGGGAUAAGUAUGGGGACAUGGCUGACUGCUGCGAGAAACAGGAGCCCGAGAGGAACGAGUGCUUCCUGGCCCACAAGGACGACAACCCCGGCUUCCCCCCACUGGUGCCCCCCGAGCCUGAUGCCCUGUGCACCGCCUUCCAGGACAACGAGCAGCUGUUCCUGGGGAAAUACCUGUAUGAGAUUGCCAGAAGACAUCCGUACUUUUAUGCCCCAGAACUCCUCUACUAUGCUCAACAGUACAAAGGAGUUUUUGCAGAGUGCUGCCAAGCUGCUGACAAGGCUGCCUGCCUGACCCCCAAGAUUGAUGCUUUGAGGGAAAAAGUACUGGUUUCAUCUGCCAAGGAGAGAUUCAAGUGUGCCAGCCUCCAAAAAUUCGGAGAUAGAGCCUUUAAAGCCUGGUCAGUAGCUCGCCUGAGCCAGCGUUUUCCCAAAGCUGAGUUUGCAGAGAUUUCCAAGGUGGUGAGAGAUCUUACCAAAGUCCACAAGGAAUGCUGCCAUGGUGACCUGCUGGAGUGUGCAGAUGACAGGGCGGAUCUUGCCAAGUAUAUGUGUGAAAAUCAAGAUUCAAUCUCCACUAAACUGAAGGAAUGCUGUGAUAAGCCUGUGUUGGAAAAAUCCCAGUGUCUUGCUGAGGUGGAAAGAGAUGAGUUACCUGGUGACCUGCCCUCAUUAGCUGCUGAUUUUGUUGAAGAUAAGGAGGUUUGCAAAAACUAUCAGGAGGCAAAGGAUGUGUUCCUGGGCACGUUUUUGUAUGAAUACUCAAGGAGGCAUCCAGAGUACUCUGUCUCAUUGCUUUUGAGACUCGCCAAGGAAUAUGAAGCCACAUUAGAGAAAUGCUGUGCCACCGAUGAUCCUCCUACAUGCUAUGCCAAAGUGCUUGAUGAAUUUAAACCUCUUGUGGAUGAGCCUCAGAAUUUAGUCAAAACAAACUGUGAACUUUUUGAAAAACUUGGAGAGUAUGGCUUCCAAAAUGCGCUCUUAGUUCGUUACACCAAGAAAGCACCCCAAGUGUCAACUCCAACUCUCGUGGAGGUCUCAAGAAAACUAGGAAAAGUGGGCACCAAAUGUUGUAAGAAACCUGAAUCAGAGAGAAUGUCCUGUGCUGAAGACUAUCUGUCCGUGGUCCUGAACCGGUUGUGUGUGUUGCACGACAAGACCCCAGUGAGCGACAGAGUUAGCAAAUGCUGCUCAGAGUCCUUGGUGAACAGACGACCAUGCUUUUCUCAUCUGGAAGUCGAUGAGACCUAUGUUCCCAAAGAGUUUAAUGCUGAAACAUUCACCUUCCAUGCAGAUUUAUGCACACUUCCUGAGGCUGAGAAACAAGUCAAGAAACAAACUGCACUUGUUGAACUGCUGAAACACAAGCCCAAGGCAACAGAUGAACAACUGAAAACUGUUAUGGGAGAUUUUGGAGCCUUUGUAGAGAAGUGCUGCGCAGCUGAAAAUAAAGAGGGCUGCUUUUCUGAAGAGGGUCCAAAACUCGUUGCUGCUGCUCAAGCUGCCUUAGUCUGAAAGAACACAAUAACAAACAUCUCAGCCUUCCCUGAGAAUAAGAGAAAAAAAGAGAAAUGAAGACCUAGAGCUUAUUCAUCUGUUUUUCUUUUCUGUUGGUGUAAAACCAACCCUCUGUCUUAAGAACACAAAUUCUUUUAAACAUUUUGCCUCUUUUCUCUGUGCUGCAAUUAAUAAAAAAUGAAAAGAAUCUAA